GGUGCGUUCAGGAACGCCCCGCUCACAUGCGCGAGCCAAUGGGAUCCGGUUUGGAAACACGCGUUUCUACGACACACUUCUCCAGGAACUUGGACCCCACACACACAUACUGUAUGUGCAGUGACCAAGCCAGAGAUCAUGUCUAUCCGUGUGUUAGAAAUAAUCUUUUUCCUCUAUUUCGCCUCUCAUAUUCCUAUUACGUUGUUUAUUGAUUUACAAGCACUGCUACCUGAACAUGUGUAUCCCGAGCAGCUGACAGACCUCCUGAAAUGGUACGCUAAGGACUUCAAAGACAGUAUGGUGGUGGAUCCCCCCCACUGGUUCAAGUCUUUCAUUUUCUGCGAGGCUUUGCUUCAGUUGCCUUUUUUCCCCGUUGCAGCCUACGCUUUUCUGAAAGGUGGCUGUAAGUGGAUCCGGACUCCCGCCAUCGUGUAUUCCGCGCACGUGGCCACCACGCUGCUGCCGAUCCUGGCCCACAUCCUCUUCCACCAGUUCCCAGAGAAGCCCCACCCCGGUCCGCAGACCCCUCGGGAGCGCUGGCUGCUCGUCUCCAUAUACGCGCCGUACCUGGUGGUGCCCGUGCUGCUGCUCCUCACCAUGCUGCUGUCCUCCACGUACAACUCCGCCCCCAAGUCCACUAGCGCCACUACAGCCAAAGCCAAGAAGAGGAAGUGAAACAUUAGACAAGCAUCUCGCUUCCUCUUGAUUUUUAGGAGCUGGAUUUUGCGUGGAAUGAAUAUACGAGUGGGAGGCCGUGUCAGGGAGACCCCGACAUGGUUAAAUCAGCCAUGAAGUGUCGCUGUUUUUAAAUGUUGACCACAUUUUACCACUGCUUUGUGCACUAGAAAUGAAUAAAAGUGAGUUAUAAAUGUU